AUGCUGAGAAGGGGCGUGGCUUGGUCGCUCCAUCGCUUCAUUUCUUCGGUCAACCUCUACACCUCCAGAUCUCACAACUGUGGCGAGUUGACCCUUGAGAACAUCGGUAUUCGACGUCUCCUGCCAUCGACGAAGUUUCUUUUCAGGACAAGCCGUUACUGUGACAGGAUGGCUUGCUUUCAAACGUAUGGACAAGUUUUUAGUUCUCCGAGACGCUUAUGGUAGUGUUCAGGUGAGAAGCAUUUUAGAACCCAAAGUCAAGUUCCGAAACAUAAGCGGUUUCAACAACGAUUUCAACGGAUUUGAUGUUCAGGCAACCUUGCCGAAGACCCUACAAACUGAACUCAAAGAUAUCCCAUACGAGUCGGUGAUCCGUGUCAAUGGAGUCGUGGCUGACCGCGGCAAAGACCGAAACAACAAAACUGCGACAGGAAUGAUUGAGGUUGAACCGAAGCUGGUUGUCGCGUCUCCAUUCGGAGCCUCAGAUAGUCGUCGAGAAGCUGACGGUUCUGAACCGCGCUGCUGUAGAAAUGCCCAUGCUCCCCGAAGCUAGGACCACGGAAAGAACGAAGAUGAAGUACCGUUAUAUCGACUUGCGAAGCUCUCGAAUGCAAAGGUCUUUCUUCUUGGCCAUUUUCAAUCUCAUUUAUGGCAUCAUUGAAUAUUUCUCAAAAAAAUGUUUCGCAAUUUCAAAAAAAAAUUUGGAAAAUAAAGUGAUUUUGAAAAAAAAAAAAUUUAUGCUUCGGUAAGUGUCUUUCAAUGAGUGAUUCCAAUCUUUUCAACCAGAACUCCUUAAACCUAACCAUUUCUGAAAUAGGGCGUUGCGAUUACGCUCACAACUCGUUCACGACGUCCGACGUUUUUUCGUUGAAGAACGGCAGUUUGUUGAUGUUACACUUUUAAUAUUAUCCAUACUGAAGUCCGAUCUCAGGUUGAGACCCCGACUUUGUUCCGAAGAACACCUGGCGGAGCCGCUGAGUUCAUCGUUCCAGCUUCUCAGCCCAAUCUCGGAUCCGUCUACUCGUUGCCUCAAAGCCCACAACAGUUCAAGCAACUGCUGAUGGUGGGAGCCAUCGAUCGCUACUUUCAGGUUGACAUCCACUUUUUCUGUGGGCAUUUAGAUUCAGAUUGCGAGAUGCUACCGCGACGAAGGAUCCAAAGGGGAUAGACAGCCGGAGUUCACGCAGGUGUCCUCUUCAUCCACGCAAAUUUCAACUUUCUUCUCAGAUCGACGUCGAGAUGUCGUUCACUUCUCAGGAAGGAGUCAUGAGUCUGAUAGAAGACAUGGUUGUCAGUUCCUGGCCAAAGUCCUUGGUAAGAUUUCGCGAAGGCCCAGAGCAAAGCAUAUUGAGUUCGCUGAUGUUGGCCUUGAAGUUGCAGUAAAAAAGGAAUUCAAGGCAAAAAUUCCAUCUUGUGGAACUUUUCCUUGCGAUUUUAACGUCCCAUUCCAAAUCGCACAAAAGUUAGUUGUGUUCAAGGUCAGUGACCGCAGGGUCACAGCAGCCAUUUCUCAACACUUUGAAAACCCUAGAUUUCUAAGGUUUUUGAAGAAAAGGAGAAUGAGGGAGUCCGAAAAAAUGAGUGCUGUUUGAAGCUCCACGCACACUCUUAUCUCGAGCUCUAUCUAAUACUUUUUAGGAGAAUUUGAAGCCCACAGGCCCUUUUCCAAGGCUUCGUUAUGAGGAUGCCAUGCGAUGGUACGGCACUGAUAAGCCGGACAUGCGCAUUCCGUGGAGAAUCCAAGAAGCUCAUCCAAUUCUGAGUACGGUAGUCUACUCAAUGUCGCAUUCUGAAUGACAUUCAGACAACCUUGCCUCCGAUAAAAUCGUUGACUCGAAGUGGGUAGUAAGGCUUUUCAAGUGCGAAGGCUUGGGAAAUCUGUCUGUGCCUGGAAGUCUGCGCAAGGAGUGGAAACGGCUGCUUUCUCUGAACUCCCGAGAAACAGUCAGUCUUGCUUUUCUCAAACACCCUCAAUUUAUCUCAGAACUUUGCCGUCUGCUCACCACAGAAGAAACAUUGGUUCAACUUCGUCACAAAUCGAGAGGUUUCUCGCGCACACGACGCCACGGAUGAAGACUUGCUUGUGGUGGCUUGGGGAAGUUGCAAGAGCGUUCAAUGGACCUUGGGGCAGCUGCGGAACUUCCUUGCCGAGGCCGCCAACCUGAGAUCUAGGAAAGAGGUGGCGGCUGGUCUGGAGCACAUUCUCAAGAAUCCCUAGAUCGUGGCUCAUUGGGUGAUCGACUUUCCCUUGUUCACCGUCGAGGACAACGAACUCACUUCUACACACCAUCCUUUCACCGCACCAGUAGAAAAAGACGAAGUUGAUCUCAAGUCAACGCGAAAAUUGCCGGAAAUCAUAGGUGAUAAUCUCUCUUGAACUUGGGAAAGCGUCUGUUCAGGACAACACUAUGACCUGGUGAUGAACGGCGUCGAAAUGGGCGGAGGUUCGAUUCGAAUCCACGACGCCGAUCUGCAGGCUCACGUCCUCGAGAUCCUCAAAGAGCCCACUGCUGAAAUGGUUUCAAAACAUUGAAAAUACAAAAUUAAUUACAACAAGGAUUGGUGAAUACGAAGAAAUGCUGCCGUUUUUCCUGCAAGUCGAAGGGGUUCAAUAGUUCUAAGUUUACUAGGUUGGCAAUAAAGGUUCAUAUCACUUUUUCCUCCCAUAUAAAUCUCGCCUUCAAAAUGAGCCUUCUUAAAUUUUUUUUAAAGCAACAAAGUCUCCGAAACAUUCUUUUCGAUAUCUAAUCAAACGUUCUGAUAUAUGUGUUAGAUAACGGUGAUUGAAAAAAAUAUAGAUCAGAGGAAGUCCCAAAUGAACGGCGCAAAGACUGACUUUUGGAAUUAGUUUGAAAUCACCCGAAAGGCUAUGAGAUUGGAUGAUUACGAGCCUUAGAAACGAAUAAAAUUGUUUUCAACGAAAAAUGUGGAAAUACAGCAUCAUGUGGUGAUUUUGAGACGCAUCUGCUGAACGCGUUGUCCCACGGAGCGCCGCCACACGGAGGCUUCGCCAUGGGUCUCGAUCGCUACGUGUCUCUGCUCUGCGCUGAGGGAGAUCCUUCUCUUCCUGUCCGAGAGGUUUUUGACAACGCCUUUCCUUUUCCCAUUCGAUAUUAGGUCAUCGCUUUUCCAAAAACCAAAGAUGGAAAAGAUCUGAUGAGCGACGCUCCCACGAUACCCAAUGAUGAGCAACUGGAACGGUUUCGCUUUUUCUUUUUUCAGUUCUUGGUCAAUUUUAUAUCCGUUUUCAGAUUUGGAGUAUUGAUAGAAGCGCCUUCGGCUAAGUUAUGUGCAUCGUAAACCAAUAGAACACGUUUAUUCAUUUAAUUCUAGUUUUAAAUAAACUUUAUUUUAUUUCUCGAAGUUCAUUUCUAGUGUGAUGUGGCUUUUGUUGGUUGCUUUCUCGCCGAGCUUUUCCACAGGUAAAAGUCUUCAUCAUCAACAAUUUGCUGCAAGUUAUUUUACAGGGUACGAAUUCAAGAAAGUUGUUUGCAAGUCAGCGCAAGUUUUUUCGGGCCCCAACACGUGUUCAUUCAUCGACGGCGACUUGAUCAUCGGCGAAAAUGUCAAAGAAGAGGAUCUACGUGUUGAAUUCCUAUACAAUAUUCUGAAUUUUUGAUUUCUGCAGUGGCUGAUGGAUCUUCGCGUCCUCACCGGCGCGCUCAUCAUAAAAAACACUCAGCUCAAGUUUUUUGCUCUUCCCCGUCUUAACACUAUUUAUAUGAACCAGUUGAAAGGUGAAGGUUGUAGUAACUAUUCAUGAAAUUUGAAAUCAUGGUGCGAAAUAUGGCGAGAAAUAGGACAGAAACUUUCGUUCAAACACUCCGGAUAAUAUUGAUCCGGUCGAGUGUUUCUCCACAGGCAAAGCUCAAAUCGAACAAAUUUUGGAUCUUUAUUUUCAGCGGCGGUCAGUGUUUCGAACGCACCGAAUCUUGUCUCUUUUUACAUCGGAAAGCUACGGAAACUCCAGUACGAUGUGUCGCAAGAUAAAUUUCCAAAGGUUCUAUUCGCUUUUUUUACGUUUUAAAAUCGUCUCGAUGACAGGAUUUCGCCAAAAUCGAAGUGAAUAAAUGCCCAAAAUUGAUAAUCGGCACGACGGCUCUGCGGCGUUUCAUCGACGUCGCCGGCGCCUCUCACGUAUUCCUUGACGGCACGAGAGUUCACGUCGAUCCCUAUGAAAAGGAGGGAGGUAAGCCUGCUGCGAAAUCUUGCUAAUAAUAUUUUACAUCGAAGUUCAAGAGAAUAAAAUCUCGGGUAUAUGACAAAAAGCUGCAAAAAACAAGCGCGAUAAAACAUCGACGCGAAAAGAGACUGUGCCAGCAGGGGCGGAGUUAGCUGCUUGACAUUUAAAAUCUGAACAGACUGUACAACUUAAUCUUCGCUCGUAUAUAUAGCAAAAAAAUAUUUCGAUUUCGCCGAAUUUUAAUUUUUCGGAAUUUUUCGUUUUCUUUUUUUCAGAAUAAAAAAAUUUUAAUUUCGAUAGUUGUCUCAUUGAGAGUCGCAACGUCAAAAAAAUUUUUUUGAUGGAGAAAAACGUUCAGAUCACUGAUUAUUUAUUUAUUUAAUUCGCUUCUUUUCACGGGAUCAUUUUUCGCAGCUUCUCCUUCAUAUGCUCAAAUCGACAAAACCUUUUCUAAACUAAUCAGAUUAUUUGAUGUCUAGAAAACCAACUUUUCGCCGGCUUGGCCUUCGACCUCGAAAACGACCUAUUACCGGCUGCCUUCGCCACAGUUUUCCUCAUCAUUGUCUUCUUCGUUUAUUUCGUUUCUCAUCACAUCGAGCAGAACUCAAUUCAGGUCAUAAAUUCCCGGGCAAAAAACUUGAGCUAUAGAUAGUUGUUUGUUUACAGAAAAGCGAAAAUGAAGCAAUCAACGUUUAUUUUGGUAUGCGCGACUCCAUAAUUGCAGCCGAAUUAAAGUUUGAUCUGUUCCUUUUUCUAAACUUAUAUAAAAUCUUAUUCCAGCCUUUCAUCGGGAUCGCCUAUGACAAAGGUGAGAAAUAUUCUGACUCUCGCGAUUUAUAGGGCCCUAGAAGAUUUAAAAAAGGACAUAUUUCUCACUUCAUCCAAGAAUUAUGAAGAUUUUACGCUUGUAGCUGGCACCCAAAGCACGAACAAAGAACUCUACAAACCAAAAGACGCGAUCAAAAAAGUCGAAUAACCCGACGAAUCCUGAAACGAGGCCAUUGGUACAAGCCAACUAG